AUGAGCUGGAUGUCCGUCGAUAUCGGCGAAAACCGGUGGCUGUCUGUCUCAUAUUAUUGCCUGCGCCAAGGAGUGAGCAGCGGCUUCCGCAUGAGGAAUUGGGAGCUCCAGGGAUGCAACGACGGGCUGUCUUGGCAAAUGCUGUGCAAGCACGAGCGCGACUUGUCCUUUGGCGAGCAGGCACACGGGGUAGCUGGGUGGGCCGUUGAGAAUGCAACGGCCUACAGGCACUUCCGUAUACUGCAGACGGGCAAGAACUCCGAUGCGGUGCACACGGGGGUGCUCGCCUGCGCUGGGAUUGAGCUCUACGGCGCGCUCACCCUCGCUUGCUGCGGGAGGUGUGCGGCGCUCGUCGAGAUUGACGGCAGGGCGUUGGGCUCGGCGGCGAUGUUGGAGGGUGCGCGUGCGGGUGAGGGCGUCCGCGGGUGCAGCCGCGCACUCCGCCGCAGCGGCGGCGGCACGCGCGCGGCGGCAGAGAAGGCGCUCGAGGCCAAGGGGCGGCGCGAGCAGCGCGAGAGGGAGGUCCGCUGA